AAGAACACAGAAAAAAUUACAAGAAAACACAAACUUAUGCAGAGAAUCAUGACCUUCGCCAUUCACCACUAAUAUUUCGUCUUGUGCUGGAAUUUUUUUUUUACUUCGGAGAUCGAUUCCCCGGCGAUAACCCCGGCGACUAGAGUUUUCAGUCCGGCAAAGUGCUUCUCUCUAUCUCUCUGUCUUGCUAGUUCGCUUCCAUAAGCAUAGCAGUAGGUAUUUGCCUUGACAGAUUUUCCCGUCUGGGGUUCAUUCAUUCUUAGUCUCGGGACCAAAAAAAUGGCGGCCUAAGUAGGAAUUGCCGAGGUAGGAAUGAACACUCCCGUUGACAAUCAAGAUCUUCUUCUCGACCCGCUAAACCAACCCGAACUCCCGUACUCUCAACCGCAAUCCAAUCCCUCCAAUUCCCAAUCCCAGCCUCGUCGCCUCCGUGGAUUCGCCGCCACCGCCGCGGAAUCCGCCGGGAAUGCCUCCACCGGCAAGGGGAAGAGGGAGAGGGAGAAGGAGAAAGAACGGACCAAGCUCAGAGAGCGCCACCGCCGUGCCAUCACCAGCCGGAUGCUCGCCGGACUUAGGCAGUACGGGAAUUUCCAUCUACCGGCGCGCGCGGAUAUGAACGAUGUUCUCGCAGCCCUAGCACGCGAGGCUGGCUGGACUGUGGAGACUGAUGGCACCACUUAUCGCCAAUCGCCUCCUCCUCAGCUGGCUGCGUAUGGUGGUGGAAUAAGGUCAGUUGAAAGCCCUACCAUAUCCGCAACUUCCCUGAAGAAUAGUUCAGUCAAUGUGACAGCUGCAUUGGACUCUCAGCAGCCCCAUGUUCUUCGAAUGGAUGGAAGCUUGUCGCCAGCGGCUUCUCUUGAUUCAGUUGUGAUAAGCGAAAUAGAUACGAGAAAUGAGGCUGAGAAAUUUACCAAUUCAAGCCCCAUCAACUCUGUUGAUUGUUUGGAUCCUGAUCAGAUUAUACAAGAUGUUCGGUCCUGUGACGAUGGAAAUGCUUUCACUGGCUCUCAGUAUGUUCCUGUUUAUGUCAUGCUUGUGAAUGGUUUUAUCAACAAUUUCUGCCAGUUGAUUGAUCCACAAGGUGUUAGACAAGAGUUGAGUCAUUUGAAGUCGUUGGAUGUAGAUGGUAUUGUGGUGGACUGCUGGUGGGGAAUUGUUGAGGCAUGGAGCCCUCAAAAGUAUAUGUGGUCUGGUUACAGAGAGCUCUUCAACCUCGUCAAGGAAUUCAAGUUGAAAUUGCAGGUUGUGAUGGCAUUUCACGAGUAUGGAGGAAAUGACUCCAGUGAUAUUCUGAUCUCUCUCCCACAAUGGGUGUUAGAGAUCGGGAAAGAGAACCCAGAUAUAUUCUUCACAGAUCGUGAAGGAAGAAGAAAUACUGAAUGUCUUUCUUGGGGGGUGGAUAAAGAGCGAGUCCUAAGAGGGAGAACCGGCAUUGAGGUAUAUUUUGAUUUCAUGAGGAGUUUCCGGACAGAAUUCGACGAUUUGUUUGCUGAGGGUCUUAUAACAGCGGUUGAAAUUGGCCUUGGAGCUUCGGGAGAACUGAGAUAUCCAUCUUUUUCAGAAAGAUUGGGUUGGAGGUAUCCUGGCAUCGGUGAGUUUCAGUGUUAUGACAAGUACCUCCAACAAAAUCUACAGAGAGCAGCUAAAUUGCGUGGUCACACACUUUGGGCCAGAAGCCCUGAUAAUGCUGGUGAAUAUAAUUCGAGGCCCCACGAAACUGGUUUCUUUUGCGAACGAGGCGAUUAUGACAGCUACUUUGGCCGCUUUUUCCUCCGCUGGUACACACAAUUGCUGAUUGGCCAUGCAGAUGAUGUCUUGUUCCUUGCCAGGCUUGCAUUCGAGGAUACAAAAUUAGUUGUUAAGAUUCCUGCAGUAUAUUGGUGGUACAAGACUGCAAGUCAUGCUGCUGAGUUAACCGCUGGAUACUAUAAUCCUACCAACCAGGAUGGAUAUUCUCCUGUGUUUGAUGCUCUGAAGAAACACUCGGCUGUAGUUAAGCUUGUGUGCUCAGGACUGCAAGUUUCUGGCAACGAUGCAGCUGUUGCUGAUCCAGAAGCCUUAUGUUGGCAGGUUUUGCACGCUGCUUGGGACCAUGGACUGACCGUGUCAGGCACGAAUAUGCUGUCGUGCUACGACGGAGAAGGGUAUAUGAAAGUAGUCGACAUGGCAAAGCCGAAGAACAACCCGGAUCAUCACCACUUCCUCUUCUUUGUAUAUCAUCAGCCAUCGCCUUUGUGCCAAGGACCAGUCUGCUUCCAGGAGUUGGAUUACUUCAUCAAAUGUAUGCAUGGGGACAUAUGUGGAGAUCUAGUUUCCUGAGGAAUGGUCCAGUGAGUGCAGCAUCAAGUCAGGCCGAAGACCUUGUUGCUGAGAAAUUCUUCCCGUUGAUGGAAAUGGAAAGCGUUUGUUUGUUUGUUUGGUCUAUAGAGAUUGUGAAUUAUUGGGAACUAUGUAUUUUGGGCAUGUGAUUGUAAGGGUGAACAUAUCUGGUUUGCAAGGAUUGUUGUAUUAAAUAUAAUAAUAGUGUACCGUUCUAUAUGUGCAUGAUGUUAGCGUUGGUGUUUCGUCCACGAGACUCUUGAUAUGGUUCUAAGAAAUUAG